GUUGUGAAAAUUCAGUAAGAUUAAUUACAAACCGUAAAUAAGUUAUCGUAGCUAUAGAUUUUAUAAGAUAAAGUUAUUUGAAUAAGGAGUAAAUAUGAUAAUUUUUAAAUUUGAUAAUUCAAAAAAAUCUUUGUUUGCGCAGAGGCAUUUUGAAGAGAGUAUUUUCGAUGGGGUGUUUGAGGUGGGGGAAGUUUUAGGUGAGGGUGAAAACAACAUGGGAAUUAUUUUCGACACGCAUCUACGCGUUUUAGAUUUUAGUUUACACUUGGAGCUUGGUAGAAAAUGGCGUCAGCUAAUUCUGUGGAGCACGCUUUGAGCACUAUGAGUAUUAAUGUCGAUGAAUCUGUGGUAAACACGAUCAAGGAGGCUGGUGAACAAGUUGCUGUCCCGAGAGUCGUCUCAACCCGGCGCACUGUUAAGACGAGACUAUCUCGAAGGCGAUAUACAUUUCAAACUCAUCGUGUUCGCCGAUUCGGAACACCAGAAUACCUGGGUAUUCGAGAUGACAAUGGACAAGUUCAAUACAUUAGGAUGCCAGGAAGAGGAUUAAGAGCGCUGACAAGACUAGCAAAGAAAACAGCAGUAGAACCCCCAGUUCCAGCGGCUCCAACACCUCAGCAGCCUGAAGAGGAAGAUAAUUGUGCCGCAGAAGAAUGUCGUAAAUUUUUCGCACUCUUGUUAAGAACAGCAUCUUCCCGGGAACCUUCAGUAGAAGAUGAUGUGCGGACGUUAAUAGAAGAAUUAAUUGAUACUAAAGUUGAACCUCAAGAGUUUUGUGAUGGACUCAGGGAAUUAUUACACAUAUAUCCUCAGCCAUCUAUGGUUGAUUGGUUAAAAAAAACGGUGCCGUUUUUGCGACAGUCGAAUCAAGUAAUGCCUCCGCCAAAGGCACAUCUGUAGCAACGGCAGCAGUUGGUCCACGAAGCUGUUCAAUCUUCUUACAUUGCCGAUCAAAAAAAUUAAACUUUGUCCAAAUAUUAUAAUAUUCAGACACCAAAUAAAAACAAACGUAUUUCUAUAGAUAUA